UUUUUUUUUAAAACACUGUUAUUAUUAAUGAAUCCAAAACAACAAAAGAGUAGAUUGAAGAAGAAAUUUCCUCCAACCAAAUACAAUUAUUAUCGAAAAAUAAAUAUCUAGCUAAGUCAUGAGCAAUUUUAUUAACUUCCAGUUUAACAUGAGAAACCAUUACUCUAGAAAAAAAGAUAACAAAAUAAAAAUAACAUCUAUCAAAUCAUAGAAAUUAAAUACACAGCCAAUUGAAUUAUCAAACAAUUUACUAAAAUACUAAUUUUUGUAAAUAAAAAUAUGCAUGUUAAUAUUUGGUAAUUUUUUUUUUCAUGAUAAUACCUAUAAAGAAGGAAGCAACUUGAGUUGAGCAAAAAAAAAAAAAAUGCAGUGCACUUCACUAAUCAACUCCCACAUCCCAAUUCCACCGCCUAAAAAGUCCAAAACCUCGUACGGCUUCGCCACCACCGCCAACCCAACACGACGUCGUUUAGCCAUUAAAAUGUCCCUAAACGAAACCCCCAAACCCCCUGGCCUAAUCUCCUCCGUCACCAAACUCCUCUGGGGCCCAUCCCUUCCACCGGGUCUUCUCAUCUCCACCGUCCGUACAGCCUGGCACUCCACGUGGCGUCUCAUGAUGUCCCAGCUCGCUCCCUCCGAUUCAGCCGGCGGUUACUCCAGACCCGCUUCAAAAUUCCGGGCCCAAAAAUUAACCCGAAAAAGCCCAACAACACUCCAUCUCUACGUGGGCCUGCCUUGUCCGUGGGCCCACCGAGCCCUCAUAGUCCGAGUCCUGAAAGGCCUCGAAGAAGCCAUACCCGUAUCGGUUGCAGCUCCAGGAACAGAUGGUUCGUGGGAAUUCAAGGAUAUCCAAGGUAGGAAUGAGGAUAUCGUUAUCCCGACUAGGGAUAAGGCCAAUGGGUGUAGAACGCUAAAAGAAGUGUACGGACUUAGAAGAGAAGGGUAUAAUGGACGGUGCACGGUUCCAAUGCUAUGGGAUAAGGAGGCGAAAGAAGUUGUUUGUAACGAGAGCUAUGAUAUCAUCCAAUUGUUCAAUUCGGAGUUGAAUGGGUUGGCCCGAAACCCGGAUUUGGAUCUUAAUCCGCCAUAUUUGAAGGACCAGAUUGAGAAAUGGAAUGGGAUUAUUUACCCAAAUGUAAAUAAUGGGGUUUACAGAUGUGGAUUUGCUCAGAGUCAAGAAGCAUACGAUAAAGCAGUGAAGGAGUUGUUUAAUACAUUAGACAUGUUAGAUAAUCAUUUAAGUAGUUCGAGAUACCUAUGUGGACAUAAACUUACUCUAGCUGAUGUUUGUUUGUUCACUACUUUGAUUCGAUUUGAUCUUGUCUACAAUAGUUUGUUUAAGUGCACCAAAAAGAAGAUCAUUGAGUACCCAAAUCUACAUGGCUUUAUGUGUGACAUUUAUCAGAUUCCUAAGGUGGGUGAAACUUGUAAUUUUCCAGCAAUUAUGGAUGGUUACUAUGGAACACUUUUUCCACUUAAUCCAGGUAGCAUUCGACCUAUAAUCCCUUUGGGUUCAGACCAUCAAGUUCUAUCUUCUAAAUCUCAUAAUAGGGAUUCAAUAUCAGUUAGAAAUCAAAGUAGUGACAUUUUUGUAUCAUAAUAAAUAAUAUACAAAUCUUCUUCUUGUUUUCAUAUAAAAGAUUUAUUCUUGUAUAAUAAUUUGUAAUGAUCUUUGAGGUUGCUAAACUCAUGGAUAGGGAUAUCUGUAAAUACAUGUGUCCCAAUAAUUUUAUAAAGUUCGGUAUAGUUUGUAAA